UGCCACGCGACCGCGAUGGAACCGUCCGGUUCAGGAGCAGCAGAACCGGGCGAGGACGACCGCGGCCAAGAACCGGCCCAUGAGCGCUCCUACGCCCCCUCCAAUGGCGCCCCGACCGCUGCCGUGCCGCCGCCUCCCCGCGCGACGCCCCUCCACCUCGACCAGGCCGGAGGCGGCGCCGAUGGGGCGGCGGGGGCCGACCGGAAGGGCAAUGGGACGCUGCCGCCCAUGGUCAUUCCGAGCUCCGCGGGCAGCGGCAGCUCCUCCGCCCCCUCCCUUGACCACGCCGCGGCAUUGAAAGCCGGGGCCUUCGGAGGUGGGGGAGCCGGCGGGCGGGCGGGGUGCGCGGGUGACGUGGGCCGGACCCGCGGUGGCGGAGACGAGGGAGGCGCCCAACGCGGCGGCGCAUCCGCUCGACCCCAGGCUGGCGUCCAGGCGGCCGGCGACAAGGAGAACCGGCGACGGGGACAGCAGUUCAACUCGUUGCGCGCGGGAGAGGCGAUGCAUAGCAAGGAACAGGAUAAACUAUCACAAGCAAAAGUUGCAGUAAAGGUGAGACCCAAGCAUGACAAACUUUUUUUGAUAAAGGGCGCCAAGCAGGACAAACUACUGCUAGUAAAGAGAAAAUCCCUCGGGAAUUUGCCCAAGAGCAAGAUUUUUCAUAAAAAAGGAAGGGAAAUAUGUUCGGAACAUGUGAAGCACCAGGUUUCUCAUAAAAAAGGAAGGGCAAUAUGUUCGGAACAUGUGAAGUACCAGACACAUCGCAUAUCUGAAGUCAGAAGGUAUUAUAAUCUUGCUUCUGACGAAGCGAGCCAUCUUGAUGCCUAUUCGAAAUGUAGGUUGGUGAUUGGAGAUGGGGAGUGUUUCUACAGGAGCUUCAUAUUUUCGUACCUUGAGCAAGUUAUUGAUAGGCAGGACACACAUGAGGAACACCGUCUCCUUAGAAGAGUGUCUACACAACGUGCAAAUAUUCAUUGGAACUCUGAGUUUUCCCGGAGCAGAAAAGCAUUUAAGGAGCUGAUUAAGGAAGUAAUGAAAUGGAAAAGCAUGGAAUCAACAAGCAGCCGCCGUAAAGAGAAACUUCUCAAGUACUUCAGCACGUAUGAUAAGACGCAAGACAUUUUUGUUUUCCUCAGAUUACUAGUAGCUGUCCAUAUAUGCUCGCACAGGGAGGAGUAUGAACCGAUUAUACAAGGGCCCGGAGGAAAUUACAGUCUGGAAGUUUGGUGCUUGCAGCAGGUCAUUCCAGCUCGUCUGUACGCGGACCAUGUUAUGAUGGUGGCUUUGGCCAGAGCGCUUGAGGUCCCCCUCAGAGUGGAAUCGUUCCAACGAGGAUAUGCUCCAGAUAUCUACACUUGUCCUGGAGUUCCCCGUCCGGGUGUGACCCUGCUGUACUCAGGCGAUCACUACGACAUCCUCUACCCACGCGCUCCUUCUGCUCAUAGUUCAAUUCAUCAGGCUUCCCAGAGAAAACAUCCUGGUCAUCAGAGUUCAAGUCAUCAGGCUUCCCAGAGAACACCCUGCUGAUCAGAGUUCAAGUCAACAAAUUCCGCCGGAUUAAAGUUGAGUUGGGCUGCUGCCGUUGAAUGAGAGUGUUGCUGAGUUUAGUGGUAGAGUAGAUGCGCCGAUGAAGUUGGGGUAGGCAUAGCAUACAGUUACUUGUGCAUUCUUCUUCUGUUGGCUGGUAUACGGUGAACGUUCUGUGAUCACAUUCGAACUUCUUAAUUGUGUUUUCGAAAUUUGAACAUGGGCAUGAUUGAUAUCGGUUGAUUUUAUUUAUUUGUAUGUACUGGAA